AUGUAUGAAAGAUUAUUACUUUUUCCUCGCUCCAUGUUCAUAUUUGAUGAAAUGGACAAGAUGAACCCAAAGCUGAUCAAAACCAUAAAGCCAUUUCUGGAUUAAAACUCCAUGUGCGUAGAUGGAAUGUCAUUCCACAGUGCAAUCUUCAUUUUUCUCAGUAAUACAGGUGGACAAGAGAUAUUAAAAUUGACUGAAGAAAUACAUUUAAACAGCAAGGAAAUGGAGUCUCAGAUUUUUCUAAAUGUCAUCAACGCUAAGAAAUGUGGAUUUAGGCACUCUAGUCUCAUAGAUCAUCAUCUGAUUGAUCAUUUUAUACCUUUCCUACCUCUGGAACUGAAGCAUGUGCGCCAGUGUGUCCUGGCUGAAAUGGCCCACCUGAAUAUGACUAAAGACAAUGAUCUGGCUGACAAAGUGGCCAAAGACAUGCCUUUCUUUCCUCCAGAGGAGAAAAUCUUUGCUGUUAAAGGCUGCAAGUCAGUCAGACAGAAGCUGAUGCUGUAUGUUGAUGAUUAG